UUAAAAUUUGAUGAGAGAUUCAUUGCAUCAAUGAUCAAAAGAAAACCCCUACUACUCAUCAUCCCUACUUUCCAUAUCUUUCUCCCUUAAAAAAAAAAAAAGAAAAGAAAACUCUUCACACUUCACACUUUUUCCUUCUUUCUAUUAUUCCUCCUUAGACUAUGGAAUCCUCAAAAAAAUACCCCAAUGGACUAAAAUUCUCAGUGACCAUGAUUCUCAUCAUUUCUCUAACCUUGUUUCCUUCUAAUUCAGCAGGGUCACCUUCCAAUUCAAAUUCAAUUUCAAGUUCAAGCAACAACAACAACAACAACAAUGGUUUGAUGCAAAAGAAGCUGGUAUUAGGAUCAAGGCCUCCAAGGUGUGUCAACAAAUGCUUGAACUGCAGACCUUGCAUGGCUGCUCUUGUUAUCACUCCUCACCAUAGAGAUGGCCACAUUCACAAGGAAACUGCUCCAAGAGAUGAAGGCUAUUAUCUCUUGUCAUGGAAGUGCAAAUGUGGUAACAAGUUCUUUGAACCUUAAUAAAAAAUAAAAAACAAAAAAAACUUUGAUGAUAAACAUUUGGGUGUAUACUGUAUAUAGUGCCUAAUUAUAGUGGCAUACUCAAUUAUAUACUUUGAGCUUGGGGGAAAUUUUUAGUGUGCCAGGUGCUUGUUUAGUAUUAACCCAAAUUCACAACAUUCUCUCCUUUCCAAAUUAAUCAAUCAAUACCCAACAAACUUGGUU